UACCCUUACUGCAGCUGACUAGACUGCAGUUUCUGUGAAAAACUUUGUAGACAGGAAACAGUUGGAAGAGUAAAACAGGGAGUGGAUUUGGUAAGACUCAGGGUAAAAUAGCUGUUAGGUGUGAUAUGGUUAUGAAUUUUCCUGAGUUCCAAAUAGGACAACUAGGUUUCUUUUAAACGUUAAAACAUUAAUCUGAAGUACAGUAUAUUAAAUUGAAUUGUAGACUAGAAAAUGGGAUAGAGAUCAAAUAAGAUGUGUUUUAACAAGUAAAUUGGAAUUAUUAGACAUUCAGCCAGUUGACAAAAGGCUUAAACUUUUAGAAAUGGUGUUAAAAUGUAAUUUCCUUGCUUCUUAAGCAAUUGCACAUUUACUAUGGCGAACUCAACACUCUUUAUUUCAUUUGUACUGUCUGCAUAUAAAAACGUAGGACUAUUGAAAUACUUGUAUUUUACAAUAAUAAGUGUGAUGUAUAUUGCAAUAGUCUUUGCUAACACAAUGCUAAUUGUGGUGAUAUCCAUGGAAAGAAAGCUACACCAGCCCAUGUAUCUGUUUCUCUGCAGUUUGUUUGUUAAUGAAUUAUAUGGCAGUGCAGCUGUUUUGCCUUUCCUCAUGGUACAGGUUCUAUCAGACACACAUGUGGUGCCUGCUCAUUAUUGUUAUUUACAGAUAUAUGUUAUUUACACAUAUGCAUCAAUUGAAUUCUGCAAUUUAGCUGCCAUGGCAUAUGACAGGUAUGUUUCUAUCUGUUAUCCUUUGCAGUACCAUGUCAUUAUGACCUCUAAUAGAGUAUUCAUGAUCAUAAUGCUAGUCUGGAUUUACUCUUUAAUUAAAUUCAGCAUCGGCCUGUCUUUAAGUAGUAGUUUAACUCUGUGUGGAAACAUUUUAGACAAAGUGUAUUGUGAUAACUAUUUAUUAGUCAAACUUGCCUGUUCAGACACAACAGUGAAUAACUACUAUGGUCUAUUUGGAACGUUUCUGUCUGUUGCUGUCCCUCUGGUGCCCAUUUCUUUCUCCUAUAUAAAGAUUUUACGUAUUUGUUUAAGAUCUUCAAAAGAGACCAAACAGAAAGCCAUCAGCACAUGCACACCUCACUUGGCUUCUCUGAUAAACUUCACCUUUGGCUGUUGGUUUGAGAUUCUGCAGAGUUUCAAAAGAGACUAGACAGAAAGCCAUCAGCACAUGCACACC